AGGACGGGCUGGCUGGGCGGAAGAGCCGGCACGGAGGGGGAGGGGGAGCCGGAGGGCGCGGGGCGCUGGGCCGGAGUGGCCUCCCCCUCCCCGAGGUCGGGGGUCGUUUAGCCCCUGCGGAGCGGGGCUGCAGCCUCUGCAGCUGGAUUUCCCACUCUGACAGGCGCCAUUUUACCGCCCAGAGGGCUCCCUCCUUCUGUCUUCCCCCCUCUUCUUCCUCUCUGACACUACUUCCGGUGGUGACGUGUAUUGGCUUCACCCGGACUAAAGUUCCCCCUAGUACGUCCGCGGGGGGUAGGGAAAAGAAAACCCGAAGGGUCCUCCCAACAAGGCUGCGCGACCGCGCACGCGCACAGGCUGGCUGCUGGGCAGGGCCUGAGACGGAGGCGGUCCCGCCCUGAACGAGCGGGCGUGGCGUGGUGACGUCACUGGCCCUAGGGCUGGGACCGUAAAGGGGGCGCGUGCGUCCUCCUCCCCUUCUCCUGACAACUGCCCCAACGGCUUUUAACUAGUCCCAGUCGCGGUGCAAAUGCAGGGCGGGGACGUCAUCCCUACGCCGGUGCGCCGCGCUCAGGAGGUGCUCCUCCCUUCUGCUGCCAAACUUUGCCGGUUCGCUAUGGUAGGAGGGCACAGGAGUGCCCCGAGGGGGCGGGGCAGCACGCCGUGACGCCAUCAGAGGGCGCCGGACGCUGGCGGAGUCGGAGAUGUUGGACUCGCUGCUGGACCAUCGUGGCCUCGUACUGCUUCGGGACUCCGUGGAGUGGGAGGGACGCAGUCUCUUGAAGGCGCUGGUCAGGAAAGCUGCGCUUUCUGGGGAACAGGUGCACGUUCUGGGCUUGGAAGUGAGUAAGGAGGAAUUUUGCGAAGGUUUGGACCCCGAGGUCAACAGCCGGCUAAUUUACCAUGACCACUUCAGGGACCCUCUCAGCUGGUCAGACACUGGGGAGGCCCCCGCUGGGGGACCCCUGGGAGCUCUGAAAACCAUGUACAUGAGGCCCGAGCCCACACCUGUCACCAUUGCUGUCGAUUCUCUCAGCUGGCUGUUGCUUCAUUUCGCCUGCAGCACACUCUGCCAAGUCCUGCACAGCCUGACAUGUCAGAACCACUGCCCUGGGUACCGCUCCCCAGCAGAGCAUGUGCGUGUCCUGGGCCUACUGCAUGAAGAACUUCAUGGCCCAGGCCCCGUGGGAGCGCUGAGCAAUCUUGCCCAGACUGAAGUGACCCUGGGUGGCACACUGGGCCAGGCCUCAGCUCACAUCCUCUAUCGAAGGCCUCGACAGCGCCCAACUCAGCAGACCCAGUGGUUCUCCAUCCUCCCGGACUUCAGCCUGGCUCUCCAAGAGCGACCCCCACUGGAGCCCCAGCCCCACCCGGUUCCUCACACGUCCCCGGUGGACCACACAACUCAUCUAACCUUUAACCUUCGCCUGUCCAAGAAAGAGAAAGAAGCCAAAGAUAGCCUGACCCUGCCUUUCCAGUUCAGCUCUGAAAAACAGCAGGCUCUGCUGAGGCCCAGGCAAGGCCAGGCGACCAGCCACAUCUUCUAUGAGCCAGAUGCUUAUGAUGACCUGGACCAGGAAGACCCGGAUGAUGACCUAGAUGUUUGACCAGACUGCAGUUGGAGUUGGGGGAAAGACUUUGAGCCCAGAACCUCAUCGUGUUGUUUACACAGUUCAUCCCUGCCCCACCUGUGUUCCCUGUGUGCCCUGUGUGCAGCAGUGGCACUGCCGCGUGAGCUGGGCAGUCUCAUCAGGACAGACAGUGGACGGAUGAGGGCAAGAAGAAGGUGGGAGGACAGAACCUGCCUGAUACCUAAUAAAGGCUUUUUU